CUUCACUCAGUUUUUGUGGAAAUUUUUAGGUUAUGUUUGUGUGAUAAACUGAUAAAUAACAAAUAAAUGGGUACACAAUUCAAAUUGAAAUAAACUAUGGAUAAUUAUUUUAAAGGUAGAAAUGUGGAAGAAGAAGUGGUACGAGACAGUAUACCUAUCAAAGAUCUACCACAAAAUUUCCUUUGGAUGCAAGUGAAAGGUGGAAGUAAAAUGAACAACCUGCUGUCCCACGCUUCUGGCAUAUUGGAAGAUAAAAGUUCAACAGCAGUCGUAUGGACCGGUGCAGGCGUUGCCAUUGCCAAGGCUAUUUCUUGUGCUGAGAUUAUCAAAAGGCAAUUUUCUAUUGAACACCAAGUUACGAAGCUCACAUACAAGAAAGUGGAAGAAUAUUGGGAACCAAAACUUGAUGGAUUGGAGACCAUAGUAGUAAAGAGGCAGAUACCCAUCAUCCAUAUUUUGUUGUCAAUGGAUCCUAUUGCAGAUACUACUCAACUAGGAUAUCAAUCAAAAAAUGGGAAGAAAUUCUGGCAAGGUACAAACAGCAGCACUGGUGCUAAGCAACAGAAUAAUUACAAAUCUAAGAAGCCGUUCAAGCACAAGUAUAAGUCCACUAAUGAAACUAAACAAUAAAUAUAGUUUUACUUAAUAUUUUUAAAACAAUUUUUUUUUUAAUAAAACUUGGUAAUGCAGUAGUCAAAAUGUUUUAAUAUUUGAGAUAAAUAUAGGUUACAUACAUGUUUACUGUAUAAAGCAUUGAUGCUAUCUUACAAUAAAGCUACUAAGUAUACA